AUGCCAGAAAAUAAAAAAACCAGGGAGCUUCAAAUUAUAUUUCCGCCAGAUGUUGUGCUAUUCUUUCCAAAAUUAUUAAUUUAUAUUUACCCUUUCUUUAAACCCCUACAGAUCCAUUGGUUCAGCAUUUUCAACAGUUUCAUGAUGGUCAUUUUCCUGGUGGGUCUCGUAUCUAUGAUUCUGAUGCGAACUUUGCGCAAGGAUUAUGCGCGGUACAGCAAAGACGAGGAGGUGGACGACAUGGAGCGCGAUCUGGGCGAUGAGUACGGAUGGAAGCAGGUGCACGGCGACGUCUUCCGUUCGCCACCAAACACGCUGCUGUUUUCGGCUUUGGUUGGAGCUGGAUACCAACUAAUUUCGGUGGUGUUUUGUGUGAUUAUGUUCGCCAUAGUCGGUGAACUGUACACGGAACGUGGUUCCAUGCUGUCCACCGCCAUAUUUGUGUAUGCUGCGACCUCUCCAAUUAAUGGUUACUUUGGAGGAUCACUGUAUGCCCGAUUGGGAGGACGAAUGUGGAUUCGGCAGAUGCUGGUCUCCGCAUUUACAGUCCCAGUGGCUGUGUGUGGCACGGCUUUCCUGAUCAAUUUCAUUGCCAUCGGUUAUCACGCCUCGAGAGCCAUUCCCUUUGGCACUAUGGUGGCUGUCACCUGCAUCUGUCUCUUUGUGAUCCUGCCCUUGACUUUGGUGGGCACUGUGGUGGGCCGCAACCUGGACGGACAGCCGGACUUCCCGUGUCGAGUGAACGCUGUACCACGACCCAUUCCCGAAAAGAAGUGGUACAUGGAGCCGCUGAUUAUUGUCCUCCUGGGUGGCGUCUUGCCCUUCGGCUCCAUCUUUAUUGAGAUGUACUUUAUCUUCACUUCCUUCUGGGCGUACAAAAUCUACUAUGUCUAUGGCUUUAUGUUGCUGGUGUUCAGCAUCUUGACCGUGGUCACUGUGUGUGUUACUAUUGUGUGCACAUACUUCCUGCUGAAUGCGGAGGACUACCGAUGGCAGUGGACGAGUUUCAUGGCGGCGGGCUCCACGUCCAUUUACGUGUAUGCCUACUCCUUUUACUACUUCUUUUUUAAGACCAAAAUGUUUGGUCUGUUCCAAACGGCCUUCUACUUUGGCUACAUGGCCCUCUUCAGCGGCGCCUUGGGAAUUAUCUGCGGCACCGUCGGCUAUGUGGGCACGAAUCUCUUCGUGCGCAAAAUCUAUUCCAAUGUGAAAAUAGACUAAGAGCCCUGCGACUCGAACCGCCGCAACCCGCCCCCAGAUCUGUAUAUCAUCCUAAUCGAUUUACACUUGUAUUUAUUGAGUAGAGUUUUAGUUCUGUGUGUUUUCAUUUGCUCCAGUUGGCUCUUCUCUCCGUCUCUUUUUGCGUUUCUCACUUCUCAUGUUGGUGUGAAAAUGAAUGCCAGUCCAAUGUAUUCGCACCAAAGAUUAAAUAUUCAGUUUAACGAUGUACACGCAGGGCACAUAUAUAACUUAAAUAGUGCUUUUCGGAAUUGUAAGACUUUGAAAUGAACUUUGAAAUCUAAUUCUGACGAAAUGUAGAAAAAAUAACAUUAAGAUAUAAUUGAAAAUUGAAAGCUCAGUUUCUUGCAUUUACUUUCUAAUAGAUUUAAGAGUCAAUUAUUAAUCUUAUCUUUUUCAAUUGGAGUCUCCCCUAAUUCCAUAAAAUUAAUAAUUAAAAAAUAACCAAGAUUAACUUUUGUAUUGCUUUGUAUAUUUUCAUAUCUAAAUAUUGAUAGUCUUAUAUUUUCUACAAAGUCCGAAGAUUACAUUUUUGCCUUAUAUGUGCUCAGAGUUUGCGUAUGCCUGCGUACCGUAUACAUCAAGUAUUUUAUUUGAAUCGUUUGCCUAGAAAACUUAUCAAUCUAUGCAAUUGCAACAAAAUGUGACUUGAACUUGUUUGCGCCAAUUAAGUUUAUGUACGAUGCAAGAAAUGUGCUGAUUAGCAAUAGUCGAUAAUCUUAUAAUAAAUUCAAUAUAUAAAACCAA